GGAAGUGACAUGCAGGAAAAAAACCCCAAACAAACCGAAGCAGAUUUAUUUAGUCAAUAAACGCAGUGAAUUGAAAUGGAAAGUGAAGAUAUAAAACCCGGCACUAACGACUCACGCUGUGUAUUUUUUAACACCCAUUCUGAGGAUCACAGAUGCGUGGUGAUAUUAACAGUAAAAAGAGCCACGGGAACUUUCUCUUUGGCCGGAUGCAUCUUCAUGCUCUUUGUGAUCUGGCUUCUUCGGCGCUACCACUCAUUGGCGCAGAAGAUGAUUCUCAGCUUGACUGUGGCGGCCUUCUUUGACAGCCUAGCAUAUGUCAUGAGUGAGUCCCAGCCAGAGGGAACUCUCUGCGACUUCCAGGCCUGGUGGCUAACAUAUUUUGAUUGGAGUGCCUUGGCCUGGGUUUGCCUCAUCACGCUCAACCUGUACUUUAACCUGGUCCGGGAGAUGAGCACAAGCAAAUAUGAAAUCAUCUACCAUCUGACGGCGUGGGGGGUGCCCUUGGUCAUGGCCUCCCUGCCUCUGCUCAAAGGUUCCUAUGGCCCUGCAGGGCCCUGGUGCUGGAUCACAGACGAUCACGUAGCCUGGAGAUUUGGGAUAUGGUACGUGCCGCUGUUCACUCUCAUCCUGCUGAUGAUCUGCUGCUACGCCAGGAUCAUCUGCGUGGCCAAUAACCGCAUGCAGUCGUGGCUGGGAACGUUCAACCCGGAGCGAGAGAGACGAAAGGUAUCCCUGGCUGAAGAGAUCAAGCCUCUGAAGUGGUAUCCAUCUGUUUACCUGCUGGUGUCAAUCUUCCCGCUCAUCAACAGGCUCCAUAAUGCGCUCAACCCGCAGGCUCCUUCCUUCUCCCUCACCCUGUUGCACGUCCUGACUGCCCCCCUCCACGGUUUGGCCAAUGCUUUUGUCUUUGGUUUGGAUCGGGACUGGUGGAGCCUCCUGAGCCCUACUGGCAUGCAGCUGGCCCUGCAGUCACGGCUAUGCGACAGGACCCGCAUCGGGGAGUACCAUGCCGGCACCGUGCGCUACACCCAAGCCGACCUGCUCGAGAUGAGCGACGACGAGGACGAUAAGGACAACACUCUCUUCUAUGCGCCGCACAUGACCCUGAAAGACCGAGGGCCCUGAGGGGGAGACAAAGGACGGCGAGGACUGACAAAGAAAAAUGCGGCGGAUUAGAAAGCAGGGAGGGAAAAAGAAGGUGGGGAGAGAAUGGAAGGGAAGAUUGGGGGGAAAGUCAGGCAGAUAGAAGCCGGAGAUGAGCUGUCAGGUUCCAUUAUUAAUCCCCAUCCUUUACUAUUUAAUAUCCUAAAGACGCGCACAUGCACAUACUGAGCAGGGCUGCAAUACUACAAGCGGAGCGCUAAAGAUCCUCCUCGUGUUUAAAAAGGCUUCCGCUGCAUCCCGAAGGUCUUAAAACAUUCCUCAUCACUGCCCCCUCGGCUCCUUCAAUCUGCACUUUUGGCAUACCACCAAGAUGGAGGAGGGGGGAAAAAAAAGAAGAGAACCGCUGAAAGGCAAUCAUAACAAGGUGCUAGUUUAGCAUUCAGAGCAAUUACCUUUUCACCUCUCUGCAGGAGAUGAGGAGAAAAGCAGGGCUUUUUUAUGUGUGUGCUGGAACAUGACCACUCUUCUUCCUGCUUAUUUUCACUAAGGAGGUGAUGCAUAGCAGGAAAUAUGUGUGCGUUGGACAGUAUUUGUUUCUGCCUUUUGUGUAUUGUCACUUUCUGAUAAAAAACAUCUACGUAAUGUUUUUUUUUCUUUUUUGACUAAGUAUACGUGAUUAACUAUGAAAAAAAAUUAAUUGAUUGUCAUUCUGAACUCUUCUUUCCAUGCCAACAUCACGCUGACUUGCUAUAUAGCUAACGUCCCGAAGCUCAUGUUAUGUCCUCCAUCAUCAACAGCGCCUCUGCUGGUUGCUGUCUAGUAGUACACUCCAUUUUGCCUCAAUUGCUUCAAAACAUCGCUAAAAAAAUCAUUUUUACGAUCAUUAUUUUACGCUACUUUUGUCAUUUUUUUAACGUUUUUUUUCUUACGAAUUCCGAUAAAGAAAGCUCCUCUGUUCAUGUUCCUUCAGGCUUGUAACAAAUGACAUAGCACGGAUAAACAACAUGUUCGCAAAGUAUGGCAUUGACAUUUUACAAUACAAUCACUGUCAUUAUAGGCUAAUGGCUAACGUAGCCAACCCCGUUUUGACCCGAAUGCAUCAAUCCGACUCAGCUUGGCCAAAUUCGACCUUUAUUUAUGAUUGGCAACAAACCCAUAACGUUCAAUCUGUAUCCAACGGUAUCGUCAUAUCAGCAAUUUUUAUAUCUGGAGACGCUGAUAACUAAUCGUCAUAAAAUGAACAUGCAUGUUUUUUUAUCAGUCAGAGGACAAUACUAUUGUUUACUUUUGUGCAUAAUCAUGCAGUAUUCUGUGAAAAUGAUAUAUCUCUAUUUUCGUUGAGAUCUCAACAUGGGUCAAAAUUGUUCUCGCAUGCUUCAUUUUUGAUGAAGUUGCAACAUUGAAAAUACAUUGUAUAUCCAGUAUUAUGUAUAAUGUAGAAUGUCCUGUGAGAUGUGGAGUGGAACUCUACGGUCAUUCAUUUCUUUGCUUUCCGUAUAGAUGAAUGCACAUGAGUGAGUUUGCAAAAAAAAAAAAUUCUAUAGUACAGUAACGUACUAAAGUAUUAUUGUUUACUUUUACACAUAAUGUUGUACACCUUUAUACAGUCAUUUCUCGUCUAUUGCAGUUAAUUGGGCCCAGACCCAACCCUGAUUUCCAUGAAGUAGAAUUCCAUUUUAAUAAAUGAAACAUUUUUAUACUUUAUAUACUAUACUUUAUACUCUAAUAUUCUUUGUUUACACAACAUUGCUCAACUUUAAUGCUCAGGCUAUGCGUUCGCUACAGGGAUACAAGAGACGGCCAUGGCUUUAACUGUUAGCAAGCUAACUAUUUGGCCUCCAAUUAAUUUACUGUGUUCUAAAUUUAAGAAGGGGGUUAAAGCGGAGUGGGGUAAAAGGAAUAUCAAGCCAAAAAGUACCACUUCCACACCAACUUCUUCGUCGGAUAUGCCAUUCCAUGGCAGUGUGACUGUAAUCUAAUAUGUGUAAUAUGUGUCAAUAAUGAUGACUAGUUGCCAGAAUACGAUGUUUUGUCUUUGAUAGCCCAUAGUCAACCACAAAACAGCGAUCAAUGAUUAAGUCAUUCAUUUUGGAAAAAAAAACACAAUAGAGCAAAUGAACAAUGAUCAAACCGUGAUAUUGCGAAGAACGACUGUAUCUCCAAAUUUCAUAGAAGUCAACAUGGGCUAAAAUCAUUUAUUGACAAUGUACAAAAUUUGGAGAUGCUUGUUUACGUUUUUUUUUCUAUUGUACAUGACAGUAUUAUUGUUUCCCUUGACGCAUAGUAUCCUAUGCAAAGCAUGAAUCUCGAAAUUUUGUUGUUUUUUUGCUUUUGUACCAACCAAGUUGUCCAUCUGCUGUGUCCGACAUUUUUUGUUCGCAGAACACAGGUCACAGUUUUAUUCACAUCACGAUCUAAUUUUGCGUGAUUAUAACAGUACGUGAGAGCUCAACGUGGCUCGAGAAUUGUAUCGCUCUCAUUAAUUGUAGUGAAGUUAUGACAUUUUUUUUGUUAAGGAUUUCAGGUCAAAAUCACUCAAAAUUUGGAGGCGUAUGUUUUUCCUAUUGGGCAGAGACGAUGGGUCUUUUUGAAAGAUUUAGUGUUGUUUUAAUAUGUAAAAAUGCUAGUGCUCUUUUAUGUACUGUAUUUAUAAUAUGUAUAUUUAAAUGUACAUUUUAUAUUUAUAUGGUCCUAACCUGCUGCACAGCCUUGUGAACAACAAAAAUAUUUCACACACACACUUUUUCCCCCCCGAAGGUCCAAACAGGUAAAUUAUGGCAGAGGGCUAGCGCUGCUUAGCAACAGUCUCUGACAGUUCAUCAUCUCAUGGCACGUGUCAGUGGCGCCAUGAGAUGUGAUUGGCAGCAUAAUAGCGUCCAUUUAAAUUCAGCCUUGCCCAAUUUCUUCUUGUUUACCAUUUUUUUCAGCGGCCUGUGUGAAGUGACCGCUGUCAGUGGCCUCUCUUGACAAGUUGAACUAAUGACCUGACACUUGACCCCCUUUUCACCCCCCCCAACCCCCAGAGCUGUUGAACUUUCCCGCCGGGUGUCAGUGACACCACAGUGCGACUGAGUUAGCACUUUAACGGCGCUUUGCCACCAUCUUACACAAACACACACGCAGGCGUGCAUCCCUUCCCUUAUUUUUGGCAGCCUCGCUGGUUUGACUUGACUUGCACUCCAUCAAAUAAAUGAGCAGCAGAGACAUUUCAUAACAAAGCAGCGCCUGGGUGUGUUUAUUUCUCUUGCACGCUGAUGCUUGCUUUGCAAAGGCUGCUCAACCGUGCAUGUGGGUGAUGUACCAGCAAGCCACCUUCAAAAUUGAAUAGAAAAUACAAAAAUCCCCGAAAAAAAAAAAAAGUCAUAAGGUUUUGGGAAAAAGAUAUAACAUUCUGAGGAAAAGUUGCAAUGUUUAAAAAUAUAUAUAUAAUGUUAGUUUUAAAAAAUUAAAAAGGAUGUUAUUGUUCACGAGAAAAAAAGCAUAACGUCAUGCAAAUUAAGUCGUAAUUUUCCGAUGAAAAGUAUGGUCAACCGUUUGGAAGAAAAAAGUUAUCAGUUUAGGAGAAUGAAGUCGUAGAGUUACGAGAAAAAUGAUUCAUAUGAAAAAAAGUUUCAAUGUUACGAGAAAAAAGUAAAGAGAAAAAUGUGACGAUUACAAGAAAAAGUCAUAAAUCGAAGAUGAGCCAGAAAGGCAAAAUGAACAUUAAUUUUACGACAAUGUCAUGAGAAAACGGUCGAAAUUCUGAAGAAAAAGUUCUAUUCUAAGAGUGGCGUUGUUAAGGAAAAAAAGCUGUACAGUUGUGACAAUAAACCCGUACGGAGAAAAAAGUCGUAAUUUGAGAAAACAGUGGAAAACGUCAAAAUAUGAUGAGAAACGUCAUAAUGUUUUUUAAGAAAAGUGGCCAUGCUGGUUUUUUCAUAUGAUGAUGAGACAAAAAUUGAAUAUUACAUGACUCAAGUAGUAACUUUACAUUAUGUACUACCAUGUUAAUAAAAUCGUAACAUCAUGAGAGAAAGUCCAUAUUACGAGGAAGUUGCAAUUGCAUUUUAACUUGAUCUGCGACAAUUAAUCGUAUUAAUCAAUUUGCCGAUUAAUUGACAACUAUUUACAUAAUCUAGUAAUCUUUUUUGACAUUUAAAUAUGUAAAUAUCCUCUGAUUUCAGCCUCUCCAAAUGGGAUUUCCUUAGUCAUCCAUGAAAGCAGACCUAUCAUAUUUGUAUUUUAGCCAAAACAAAAUAUUCACACAUAUCAGCUUUAACUUUAGAGAACAAUAUUUUUGUCUCUUUUUUGAUAUGUUGUGGACCCAAGCUAACUGUAUGCGUUAGCUUCAUAUUAACUUGACCAUCUAUGGCCUACCCAAUCACUCUACUAUUUUAAAACAAGCUUCAGAUUAAUUGACAAAGAAAAUAAUCAUGAUUGUAUUUUUGUGUACAUUUAUUGUCUUGCUGACGCCAUUUUCAAUAUAUUUUUUUUAAUUAUUUCAUUAUUAUUAUUUUUUUUGAUCCUUUGUAUUGAGUUAUGAUCUCCUAUAGAGCAGCUACACACAAUAGCCCGCACAGAAUACUUUCUCGAUCUUCCAGAAUCUGCACCUAAUCUGCACCAGAGAGCGUAUCGCGCCUAAGGAAGCCGGCUCCUCUGUGACAUCACAAGAGAACAGUUUUGCAACGCCCUCUGAAACAGAGUGUUUUAAAGUCAUCCCAAACAUCUUUCAGGGCUCACUUCCAAAAGCGCAAACCUCAUCUGAAACUUAGGCAUCGUUUAACACGAAAAUACAACAUUCUACAUUCUACAUUUAUAGGUCAGAAAAGUAGGAAAUAUUCAAGAAUAUUCAAGCGACAAACCUGAAAUUAAGUGUUUUUUUUAAUUCAAUUAAUCUGAAAAAUAAUCGACCGAUGAAUGGAUUUGAAUAAUCAUGAGUUGCAGUCCUAAUUUGAACAUGCCUCACGGCCAUUUGAAUGGGGACGGCAUUAAGAUGCUUGCUCGGUGUUUGGUUUUAAAUGACGGAUAUGAAUUCCAGUUGCACCCUGCUGGUCGUCGUUGGUCUGUGCAUAUGCGAAACAGGAUUUUGAUUAAAGAAAGCAGAAAACCUGACUUUAGCUUUGCCCUCUAGCCAAAACAAAAGGACCCCAUACAGAUGCUUAAACAUUUCAAGACCCGCACCAUUGGAGCCGAGGAAAUAAGCGAAUUUCCCUGUCAUGCGGGAAGAAUUAUUAUUCCCCCCACCCCUGUCCCCUCCACUCCUCGGUAUCGUUGCAUGCUUCGUAAUUGGAUACAAUUUAACAGCCGCGGCCCACGGGCAUGUCGGCAGGCACGCGGCCUACUAUUAGCUGUCCUCGACUCGCCAGCCUAUCAUUUGUCAGAUCUCUGUUUGUGUGCUUCUGUAUGCGUGCGUGUGUGUGUGUGUGUGUGUGUGUGUG